AUGGAAUGUAGCAUUUCAACCGAUUUAAUAAGAGAUUUCACUAAAUUAAUACACUGUUUAUCACGUUUCAGCGAAGAUCUCACUUUACGUUGCUCAGAAUCUGAUGUUCAGCUAGCUGCUUUGAAUAGCACACGCUCGGGUUUCAUCAUCUUCACUCUCGCGAGCGAUUACUUUGAGAAUUACAUCCUCAACAAUGAGGAAAUCGCUAUAAAGAUCGCUACAAAAGCAUUACUUAGCGUUAUGAAAUUGAAAGCUCAAGAGAAGAACUUACUCGGUUGCUCACUCAAGAUUGACACUGAAAUUAGUCGUUUAGUACAGACGACAUCUUUCACUAAUGGUGCAAUACGUACGCAUAGAUUACCCUACGCGUCUGCUAAAUUAGCAUUACCAUCCUACGAUCCAGCCGAAUGCGCGAAUGAAGUAGUAGCGAAUGCACGCGUAUUGAGUGAUUGGCUUGACCAUUUCACACCGUUUAGUGUACAUAAUGACAUUACGUUGAUAUGUACCGAAACUUCGGCUAGAUUCGCAAGUGCCGGGGAAAGUAUAAGGGAUGCUACUCGUUUGAAAGACCAAUCAACGGCGACACUCGUACAGGUUGACACGACGGAGUUUGAAUUGUACGGUGUGAGGCGGGAUGCGGCUAUGAAUUUUUCAAUGAAGGAAUUCAAAGCUAUCAUUCAGCUUGCUGAGGGUCUAGGUGCACCAAUCACGCUAAUGUUCUCUGAUGCACCGCAUCCCCUACAAGUAGUUGUUGAUGCAGAUGACUUGCGUGCGAGUAUGAUACUUUCUACUUCCGUUCCGUCGAGCACACCUUCACAGGUUGCCGAGCGCUCGUAUCAGACCAGCCAACGGUCGGAGAAUAGAUCACAUAUUGCUGACACAAGUGCUGCUACCAACUUCAAUGCAGAUAAUAGCCAUACCAGCAACGUUAGUAAUUUCUUACAGUCGGCCUUGCCUCCCAAUUCCUCUCGCAAAAAGCGGCGUAUCAAUAUGGAAUCGAUCCCUCAAGCAUCUCCAAUAAAGAAGAAUAUACCAGAAGACGAUAACAAUGAUGAGAAUAAUGAGGAGCCACUAUUUUUAAGUCAGAAUAAUGAUUUCAGUAUACCACCACCACCUUCACAGAUUAUUGGCUCUAGCGCUCGUCACUUCGACCCAUCUAUGGCGAGAGAUGGAAUGAAUGAGGAUGAAAUGCGCGACGUACUCAAUGAUAUGGAUCUAGAUCCGAAUUCAGAGGACUCUGCAACUCAAGAUGAAGCUGAUAUCAAUGAUGAUGUUGAUAUCAUGCAACACAAUUACGACGCUAAUAAUAUCCAACAAAAUAAUGACAGUGAUGACAACGAUGAUGAUUUACUUGAAACACAGCAAAACGGCAAUUUCAAACCACUUUGGUUCGAUUAA